CAAAGACCGAUUUUUCUGGCAAAGAGCCGAACGAAUCGACUCACGUUCCUGAGCUGAAUCAGUUGAACUGACUCGUUGAAAAGUGUCGGAAGUUCCUCAGUGUGGCGCGAGCGCGCGACUUUUAUGUUGUCAUUUCAAACCGGAAGCCGUGUAGCAAAGCCUAGACAUAGCAACGCAGAUAACGUUUCUGAGUAAAAUAAAUAACAGAGAUUAAUGUCGUGGCGGUGUUACGUGUUAGAGUCGCAAUACUCUGGUUUUAAGGGUAAUAUUUGGCAGAAAACAUAAGCUUCGUGCACCGUUAUGCCUCGACGAAAGAGGGUCGCCUGCAGCAGCUCGGACGGCACGGAGGAUUCUGAUUUCUCAGCCGAACACACAGACAGCUCAGAGACUGACACUCACGCGGUGAAGAACACUCGCCUCACGCGCUCCUCGCUCCGACUCAGCCGGGGCUCUCAAGUCGAGGUGGUGGAUUUUACAGCACGACGUGUGACCCGUAGCCAGCGGCAGGAGGAGCCGAUCGUGCCCAAAAAAUACCCUCUACGUCAGAACCAGCCUGAGAGCGAACAGCACGCAUCAGGAGUGAAGCAAGACCAAUCUCCUCUCCGCACUCUCACAGGUCUGCCGUGCUCCUUUGAGUCUGACGCCGACAUCUCCGGCCCCAACGCCUCCCAGGACGAGAGGCUGGCUAAAGAGCUGUCUAUCAAGGAGUCAGGCCACGCCCAUCGGCCCAAGCGCCGCCGCUUCCACGAGAGCUACAAUUUCAACAUGAAAUGUCCAACACCGGGCUGUAAUUCACUCGGCCAUUUGACAGGAAAACACGAGAGACACUUUUCCAUCUCCGGCUGUCCGCUGUAUCACAACCUAUCAGCAGACGAGUGCAAGGUGAAGGCGAGCGCUCGUGAGAAACCCGUGGAGGAGAGGACGCUGUCUCAGAGCCAGGACGAGAACCGGCACUCCACACGCCAUCAGAUGAGAUACAAAGAGAAAGUGACUGAGAUGAGGAGGAAAAGGAACUCCACUGCAGUCAAGGAGCAGAAAGACAAAGAUGCAAGUCCCAGCUGUAACCGUGAGCCCCUGUUGGAGAACAUUACGAGUGAUUAUGACCUGGAGCUGUUUAGAAAAGCGCAGGCACGUGCCUCGGAGGAUCUUGAGAAAAUGCGUCUCCAGGGUCAGGUGACGGAGGGCAGCAACAUGAUCAAAACCAUCGUGUUUGGCUGUUAUGAGCUCGACACCUGGUAUCACUCUCCGUACCCGGAGGAGUACGCUCGCCUCGGCCGCCUCUACAUGUGCGAGUUCUGCCUCAAAUACAUGAAGAGCCAGACCAUCCUCAGGCGACACAUGGCGAAGUGUGUGUGGAAGCAUCCACCUGGAGAUGAGAUCUACAGGAAAGGCGCCAUCUCGGUUUUUGAAGUGGACGGCAAGAAAAACAAAAUUUACUGCCAGAACCUGUGUCUCCUCGCCAAGCUCUUCCUGGACCAUAAAACUCUGUACUACGACGUGGAGCCCUUCCUCUUCUACGUGAUGACCGAGGCAGACAACACAGGGUGUCACCUGGUGGGGUACUUCUCCAAGGAGAAGAACUCCUUCCUGAACUACAACGUGUCCUGCAUCCUGACCAUGCCACAGUACAUGAGGCAGGGCUACGGCAAAAUGCUCAUCGACUUCAGUUACCUGCUGUCGAAGGUGGAGGAGAAGGUGGGUUCUCCUGAGCGUCCUCUGUCUGAUCUGGGUCUCAUUAGCUAUAGGAGCUACUGGAAAGAGGUGCUGCUGCGCUACCUGCAUACCUUCCAGGGCAAAGAGGUCUCUAUUAAAGAGAUCAGCCAGGAAACGGCGGUGAAUCCUGUCGACAUCGUCAGCACCCUGCAGUCGCUUCAGAUGCUCAAGUACUGGAAAGGAAAGCACCUGGUGUUAAAGAGACAGGACCUGAUCGACGAAUGGAGGUCCAAAGAGAUGAAGCGUGGAAGCGGAAAGACGAUCGACCCCGCGGCACUGAAAUGGAGUCCACCAAAAGGGACCUAACGGCCACCGGGACCCGUCACGCACGCCUUCACUCGCACUGUAGUCACUGUUAGCGUCCGCGUAAGGAACUAGUGCACGCUUCGUUUCAAAAGUGUCGAAUAAAAUAGCGUCUCUUCAGUGUUUCCCAGGUCUGUCUUCCUGCUGAGAAUCACAGAUCGGUUCGUUUCCCGAGUAACACCAAUACAACGUUCGCCAGCGCGUUACAGCAGGAAGUCGCACUAAACCGUGCGCUUUGGGAAACACGGAUCAUCAGAUUCUCACUGGAUUCUCGCACUCUGUAGUUACCGUUCCAUCAGUUACCUGCGUUAACGUCGCCGCUGAAGUCGGCGUGCUUUCUAAGCGAACCGUGUUCAACCCGAAUCCUGCUCCUUUAGCCACCAGUGUGAACCAAAUACAAUACCUAAAUUCUAUGCGUUAUGGCAGUACUGAAACUCUUUCAGUACAUUUGGUCAGUACAGAAUCUCCUUUCAGUACAUUUGGUCAGUACCGAAUCUCCUUUCAGUACAUUUUAGUCAGUACCGAAUCUCCUUUCAGUACAUUUGGUCAGUACCGAAUCUCCUUUCAGUACAUUUGGUCAGUACCGAAUCUCCUUUCAGUACAUUUUAGUCAGUACCGAAUCUCCUUUCAGUACAUUUGGUCAGUACCGAAUCUCCUUUCAGUACAUUUUAGUCAGUACCGAAUCUCCUUUCAGUACAUUUGGUCAGUACCGAAUCUCCUUUCUGUACAUUUGGUCAGUACCGAAUCUCCUUUCAGUACAUUUAGUCAGUAUUGAUGUACGUCAGUAUUAACACCUGAUGAAUAAAUUGAAUCAGUACUGAAACCCCUUUUGUUACAUUACGUCAGUACUGAAACCUUAUUCAGUUUACUACCGACUGAAAGCAGGAGUUCUUAUUACUAGAAGCUCUUCCAGUACUUUAUGUUUGUCGACCCUACUCACACACUGUAUGGUUUAGAAAGACAGGAGCAGGUUUGGGAAACACCGAUCUAGCUGUACAGACUGAAUUCUUGCUCUAUAGGCACUGAUAGUAAUGUUUCUAACAUAGGAACCACUUCCUAACUGCUGUUGUCUGUGACGUGCACCGUGUCCUCAGUCCUGCUUCCGCUGUGCGCUUUAGAGGGUCUUUGUGCUCCAACACAACACGUACGAUGAGAAAACAAGCAAAAGAUGCUCAGAACCGACUGCAGUACCGUACAACACCCAAGUCGGCGCGUCCUGGAGUGGCUGCGAUAUCCAACACACCCGAUUCACCUCGGCAGCUUGUUUUAAACACCUCUCAUAAGAGCGUCCGUGCAGGAAAACUCCCAGGUGUGCAGGAAUUCCGACCGUCUACGCAUAGCUGACUCGCUUUAACAGUAGUAGAUUUACAUUUAUUCUAAGGUUAUGACUGAAAUAGCAGCUAAACACCGUCAAUGUGAAACUUGGUAGAAAAUGUGGAACUUCAGCCGCCAACGCUCGCCGUCCGAUCCUGUUACUCAGAGACGUCCGAGUCAGAAAUAAAACGUCCACAGCGUUCCUCUUACCUCAAAAUCUGGUGAUCGUGAUCAGCUCCGAGGUGCAAAGCUCAGCUGAAUACACUCAGUGUGCAUCAGUGACGUUUAUUAUAUCGUCAAAUUUUGGCUGACUGAUUACAUCUGGUGUAAAAGGGACUAGGUGUAUAUUUUAUUUCUGCUUCAGCUCUCUCUUUAAUUUAUCCUCGAUUCGCUAUAUUAGAGAGAGCGUGUGCGACUGCGUGUGCGACUGCGUGUGCGAGUGUGUGUGUGAGUGUGUGUGUGUGUGAGUGUGUGUGAGAGAUCUAAGCUCCUGUUUGGUACGUUUUGUUUCUGGUCACUAAAGGGUACAGUGUUUCUUAUACAGUAUUCUCCAGUAUCAGGCUGAGACAGUGAUCAUUUAAAAGAAUUCUAUUUAAUAAAUUUAUCUUGCACAAAGUCUGAAUUUAGCGAAUUGUACAGGAGUCGUACCAAAUAACCUGCACUUGUAAUUCAUUUAUUUUAUUAUAAUGAACCCAAAUAUUUUAAUUCUGUCCUUUAAGGGGAAAAAACGCACCUAUUUUGUAAGCUAAUGAUGUUAAUGUCAGGUUUAUACAUUAACUGUGUGUGUGUGUGUGUGUGUGUGUGUGUGUGUGUGAGAAAAUAAAAUCCCUCAGUUCCUGUAAGCACUAUAAGCACUCCUGCAUGGUCCUGAUGUCAGCGUGCAGUUUUCACUCCCACUUACUUCCAAAUAAACUGAACCAUUCAAAUCGGA